AGUUUUUUCAUGAACUUAUUCAAGUACUUUAAGGUAAAAUGACAACUAUAAGUACCCUUAUUUAACUCAAAACCUUGCCUCAAUAAAAAAUAUAAUAGUUCUUAUUGGUCUUUUUACAUACUUAAACAAGUUUAAGAAAUUAGUAAUUUACCAAACACUUUUAUAUAUACAAUCCGUUAAUAUAAUUAGUUAGUCAAAUUAGUUAAUACAAUCACUUAGUAGAAAACAACUAACAUGACCACCUUUAGCUUUUCACAAGAAAUGCAACUAUAUUCUUUUAUUUGUACACUACUCCCAUGAAAUUGCGAUCUAUGUACAAGUUCAAGAAUCAAGAUUAGAGGGAAGUCACCAAAAAAAAAAUAAAAAAAAUAAAAUAAAAUAAAAUAAAACUCGCACAUCAAGAGCACAUUAUUAUAGACUUAUAGUGGUAAAAAAUGAACAAUAGGUGAUUCGGUGGUUAAUUACCACUCACAUGUCUUCAUCACCUAAAAUAUUGAAAAUGAGAACAUUGGAGUUACCUUUUUUAAAACCGAAAUUAAAAAUUAUUGUAAAAAGGUCCCCGCAAUAAUAGAAACAAAAACAUGUGUAAUGUGCUUGAACGAUGAAUUGAAAAAGAAAGCAAGUUGGAAGACGUAACGAUCAUGAUACAGUAUUAGACUACUUUAGUACCUUGUAAUAUAUUUGUAAUUAAACUCGAGAGAGAUAGAGAGAGAGAAGAUCGCAAUGAGGGUUGAAGUUUGGUUGUGUUUGUUGCAUUUAUGCUUAGCAUUGUUGAGAGUGAUUGCUAGAAGUGAAGGCAAAGAGUAUAAUCGUUACGACUUCCCGACGGAUUUCGUAUUUGGUGCUAGUACCUCUGCUUAUCAGGUGGAGGGAGCAGCAUUAGAGGAUGGAAGGAAGCCUAGCAUAUAUGAUACUUUUGCCCAUCGUUUGGAGUAUGACACAGGUAAUCCAGAUGUAGCAUGUGAUCAAUAUCAUAAAUACAAGGAAGAUGUUCAACUCAUGGUGGAAACAGGAUUGGAUGCUUAUCGGUUUUCUAUAUCGUGGUCAAGAUUAAUUCCAGAUGGUAGAGGAGCUAUUAACCCCAAAGGUUUAAGAUUCUACAACAAUCUCAUCAAUGAACUCAUCAGUCACGGAAUCGAACCACAUGUUACACUUUUGCACACAGAUUUACCACAGGUUCUUGAGGAUGAGUAUAGAGGCUUCCUCAAUCCUAAGAUCAUAGAAGACUUUACAUCAUAUGCAGACGUUUGCUUUAGAGAAUUUGGUGAUAGGGUUCGGCAUUGGACAACUUUCAAUGAAGCGAAUAUCUUCGUCUUUGGUGGUUAUGAUGUUGGUAAUACACCCCCAAGUAGAUGUUCUUUCCCCUUUGGAUUUAUCAAUUGUACUAAAGGAAACUCGACUACGGAGCCAUACAUUGCUGCUCACCAUAUAUUGUUGGCUCAUGGAUAUGCUGUAAAGCUUUAUAAGGAUAAGUACAAGGCCAAACAACACGGACUGAUUGGGUUCAAUCUCCUUUCCUACCAUUUUGCACCUUUUACGGACACAAGAGAAGAUAUGCUUGCAGGUCAAAGAUCUUACGAUUUUUUUAUGGGCUGGUUUAUGCACCCCUUGACUUAUGGUGAUUACCCUGAAAUAAUGAAGAAAAAUGCAGGCACUAGAAUUCCAACUUUCACAAAAAAUGAGUCAAAAUUAUUGAAGGGCUCAAUUGAUUUUAUUGGAAUUAAUUACUAUACUGCCAUAGUGGUCAAGGACAAUUCAAUGAGCCUCAACACAACGCCACGAGAUUAUAUUGCCGAUAUGGCAACGCAGUGGUUAUUUUUUAAUACGAGUGCACUAUCUGAAAAGACUAUCUUUCCAAAUGAACCAUUGAGUUUAGAGCGAGUUUUGAAGUAUUACAAGGAUGUUUAUGAAAAUCCUAUCAUAUUUAUCCAUGAAAAUGGUCAAGCGGCAAGUUAUAAUACCUCAACAGACGAUUCAUUCAGGGUUGAAUAUAUACGUGACCAUGUUGAGAGUUUGCAUAAUGCUGUGAGAAAUGGAUCUAAUGCUAAAGGAUACUUUGUAUGGUCACUUUUGGACGUGUAUGAAUUAUUAUUUGGCUUCGAUUAUACUUUUGGUAUAUACUACGUCGAUUACAAUGAUCCAAAUUUGACAAGACACCCUAAGCUUUCUCAACAAUGGUACUCACAAUUUUUGAAAGGAAGAAACACAACAGCAGAUAUACAAAUGAAUCAAGCAAAGGAUACAACUAUUAGUACUCGAUCUUCAAUUUAGAAAGUAGAGUUUUGUAUCAUGAUGAUAAAUAUUGCAUAUUGAGGAGAUUCUUUUUUUUUUUAAUCAAUAUGACAAGCAAUUGAAAAAAUCAUAGAAAAUAAUAUCUUUAUUGCUAUAUUGACUCAUCAAUAUAGCGUUACAAAGUAUAACUAUAGCGUUACAAAUACUUGUUUAAAGAUUGUGUGCGCAUGCAAUGUGUGCGACUAAUUAGAAUGAUAUUUUGCAUCAAGAAUAUGUUACAUAUUGAAUUUUUGUACUUAACAAAAAAAGUUUAAAGUUUACCUCGAUAUAAUAAUUACCCACGACUUAAUCAUACUUUCUCGACACAUCAUCCAGC